CUGAGCGCUGUGCUGGAGGGGCCCGACAUCAUUUCUGCCCCGCUUCUCUUGUCACCCGCGUCAGACGGGGUGAUCUACGUGUAUAGCGACAGCUCCGAUCGAAGUGAUAUUGUCACCGUAUGUAUAUAAAGGGCGUCUCCCGUUUCUUCGCAAGCCUCGGGACCAGGUCGACACGACACACGCAGAGAACGGGACAAACUGAAGAAAUGGCGUACACACCCGUAGUGAAGCAGCUCAAGUCGACCGACGGGAACGACAUAUACGCCGAGGCGGUCGGGGAUCCGUCGAAACCCGCCGUAGUGCUGGUCCAUGGGUUCAUGUUGUCGGCUGGGGCAUUCGACAACCUGUUCGCAGACCAAAAGCUACUUGACAAGCUCUACCUGAUCCGGUAUGACGUACGAGGCCAAGGACGAAGUGGAAAGCCAGCUGAUGCCGAGGGCCACGCUUCAUCGCUGUACGCGGCGGACUUCAAGACAGUCUUGGAUGCGUUUGGUGUCAAGAAGGCGGUCUACUGUGGAUGGAGUCUUGGAGGAAACGGCGCAGCGGAUAUAUGCACGCACCUCGACCCCAAUCCCCUGACCGGCAUCGUCUUCAUGUGUGCCCUCCCAUACAUUGACCCCGGCCUGAUCGCCGCCUGUGGCACAGAGACACUCGGGGGCCUCCUCGGAGGCGUGAUGGCGGACGAGCAAGUCGCGCCCGCGAUGGACACGCGCCUCCGGUUCGUGGAAACACUCUUCAAGGACCAUACGUCCAUCCCGUGGGACGUCAAGUUCGCAUGGCUCGGCGCCGGGUGCUACAUGAAGCCCGCAGACUGCCGUAACGCCGUCGGACGCGCACAGGACGGCACCAAGAUGCUGGAGGCAGGGAAGAACGGCCUGCCCGCGCUGGCGGUCGUUGCGGCCGACGACGAGCAGGUCAAGGGCGAGGAGACGGCCAAGGCGAUGCAGCCUCAUUUCAAGAAUUUCACCGUUGCACGGAUCGCGAACUCCGGGCAUGCGGUGCAUAUCGAUCAGCAGGAUGAGUUCGUGAAGGUUUUGUUGUCGUUCGUCCAGGACAAGUGUGUCAACUGAAACCAACGAGACCAACAAGAGUUGCACCAUUGGAAACCAUUACCCCCAAAUUAGUCUUGUAUAUCAUAACAAUAACGGAAGAUACCUGCGAUACCACCCCUUGUUACUAGUAAAUGGAAUUCUGACACAUUGGAAUAGGAGUUAAUUGAAGG